GUGACUUAACAUCGAGCAGACCAACGCUCCAGGCGUUGUUGCUCCUGAUACCCAACCGGUCUCUUUGAGCCCGCACUUGAAGCCCCUGCUGGAGCUGAAAGCCCAGGACGCCGUGACGAGCCUCUCCAUCGUUUACGUCCCGGAGAUCUCUAUUAUGCCCUCCACGAGCACAACGUCUCGCAGCGGAGAGGGAGUUGCGCCACCAGCAACAGCCCAGGCUGAUGGAAACUCUGACAACCUUGAAGGGAGUGGCCGUGGCCUCACCACGUGCUCGCCUCAUGAAGAUCGACCUCAAGGUGGCAGCGGGAGUAUGCCGCCUUUGGCGUCGAGAACCGACAUGAUGGAACAGUGUGCUUCGGCAGCCGGCGUGUAUGUUGCGGUAGGCCUCGAUACAGGAGUGGUGGAGGUCAUGCGGCUCAGCAGCCAACGCAUGGGUACCCGGAUACUCGACCUCGUCAUAGCCUCCGAACGAUCGGACCGUCUUUCAUCGAUCUCCGACGCUGCGGCGGCAGCGGACUCGCAUCCCGCGGCAGAUGGUUCUGCUGCUGGUGACGCAUUAGGUGGCGGCCUUUCUCGUCUCUCUAGCGACGACCGAGACGCGCACGUGUGUUUGCGCAGCGAAACGUCGGCGUUACAACCGCCGCCAGAAGGAGAACCGGCGGCAAAGCUGAGCGGUGAAGUAGGAAACCAAGAAGAACGCGUCCUGCCGGGAGCAGCAGCUGCUGCAGCAUCAACAGCAACAGCCGCGGGGCUCGUGGCAUCGGUCUUGUGUGGUUGGCACGUCCCAGCGGAUUCCCCGAGUGCCGACGCAUGGGCCGGGCGUGGACUGGUCGUAGGUUUUUCUGACACCGAGGAAGCAUUGCAUUCGUUCCAGAGGCUUGACUUCGAACGUGAAGAGGGAGGGACAGAGAGCCUAUUUGUCGUGUGCUCGUGGAGUGGAAACACAUUCAUGUUCGAUGCUGAAGGUAUGCCAUGCGCAGGGUUCGACGCAGAAGCGUACCUGCCGGGCCCCUUGACUGCGUUCGUGGCCGGCGACCUCACGACACCAUCGGGGUCGACAGGGCCUUCCUUGGUCUACCUUGGCGCAGAGGGGAAGGUGGUGGCAUACCACGGCUUGCCAGAGCAGAUAGAAUCGGCGACUCCGGCGCAGUUCAUGCCCAUCCUCGUGAAGGACGGCUCGAUGGGUACGCUUAAAGAUCUCUUGACGAGUCUAGCCAACCGCCUUCAAUGGCGCUCGAGCGAGCAAGCCCUCCCCCUGUUCCCAUCCUCCACUCCUCCACCCGACGCGCAACCUGCUGAUGAGAGCGAAUGUGUCCAAUUCGCGGAUGGGACCGGAUCAAGUGGGCCCGCUGAGGUGGCUAGUGCCGCCGCUGCCAACAUAUUUUCGGACGACGAGCCGGACACAGCCCUGUCCCUGUCGGAUUCCAUCUUGACGCGGGCGGUUUUAUGCUCGCCGGGACUCGUUGUCGCGCUAGCGAGCACUGCGAGAAGGAACGAGCGCCGGAAAAGCACUGCAGAUAGUGGCGGCUGCAGUUUCGACGAUGCUCGAUGGCGACGCGAAAUGCGCGCGCUUGCGGAGGGAGAGGGAAGCACGAUUAAAGUCGGCGAGGGAGCGGCGGCGAUAGACAGGGUAUUGAAAGAGAUGCAGGCUUGGGAAACCAGGGGAAGAGAACCGACCCUCAAACAUUUUCCGUGCUUACGGGGAACACUGGAGGCUCUGUCAAGUUGGGGGUCGGGCCCCCGGCGAGAUUCUCUUCGAAGCGCUUUGAAGGAGUCUGAGGCUACGGCGGAGGUGUUUGCGUCACCGGGUUGA